AUGAGUCGCAGCUCGCCACGAGCUCUGCCCCCGGGCGCGCUUCCCCGGCCGCUGCCGGCCGCGCCUGCCGCCGUGCAGCGGGCCCUGCUCCCGCCGUGGCCCCGGCGCGCAGGACGUCGCUGGCCUGCGUCCCCGCUCGGGAUGAAGGUGUUUCGCAGGAAGGCGCUGGUGCUGUGCGCGGGCUAUGCACUGCUGCUGGUGCUCACGAUGCUCAACCUCCUGGACUACAAGUGGCAUAAAGAGCCGCUGCAGCAGUGCAACCCCGACGGGCCUCUGGGUGCCGCGGUGGGGGCGGCCGGGCCCGGUUGGGGACGGCCGGGGUCGCCUCCUGCAGCGCCACCCCGCGCUCACUCUCGCAUGGACCCCCGCACCCCGUACCGCCCUCCUGCCGCCGGCGUGGGGGCAGUUCCCGCAGCCGCGGCUGGGAGUGUAGGAGCUGCGGCCUCUUUGGGCAAUGCUACUCGAGGCACCAGGGGUGGAGGGGACAAGCGGCAGUUGGUGUAUGUGUUCACCACGUGGCGCUCGGGCUCGUCCUUCUUCGGUGAGCUCUUCAACCAGAACCCUGAGGUGUUCUUCCUCUACGAGCCUGUGUGGCACGUGUGGCAAAAACUGUACCCCGGGGACGCGGUUUCCCUGCAGGGGGCAGCGCGGGACAUGCUGAGCGCUCUCUACCGCUGCGAUCUUUCGGUUUUUCAGCUGUAUAGCCCCGCAGGCAGUGGGGGGCGCAACCUCACUACUCUGGGCAUUUUUGGGGCAGCCACUAACAAGGUGGUAUGCUCCUCGCCACUCUGUCCUGCCUACCGCAAAGAGGUCGUCGGACUGGUGGACGACCGCGUGUGCAAAAAGUGCCCACCUCAACGCCUGGCACGCUUCGAGGAGGAGUGCCGCAAGUACCGCACGCUGGUCAUCAAGGGCGUGCGGGUCUUCGACGUGGCUGUGUUGGCGCCGCUGCUUAAAGAUCCAGCCUUGGACCUCAAGGUCAUCCACCUAGUGCGUGAUCCUCGUGCUGUUGCCAGCUCCCGCAUCCGCUCGCGUCAUGGUCUCAUCCGUGAAAGCCUACAGGUGGUGCGAAGCCGGGAUCCAAGAGCCCACCGCAUGCCCUUCCUGGAGGCCGCCGGCCACAAGCUGGGUGCCAAGAAGGAGGGUAUAGGUGGCCCAGCAGAUUACCAUGCUCUGGGUGCAAUGGAGGUCAUCUGCAACAGUAUGGCCAAAACGCUACAGACAGCCCUGCAGCCUCCUGACUGGCUGCAGGGACAUUACUUAGUGGUGAGGUACGAGGAUCUGGUGGGAGAUCCCGUUAAGACCCUACGGAGGGUGUACGACUUUGUGGGGCUGCUCGUGAGUCCCGAAAUGGAGCAGUUUGCCCUGAACAUGACCAGUGGUUCGGGCUCCUCUUCCAAGCCUUUCGUGGUGUCAGCUCGCAAUGCCACUCAGGCCGCCAAUGCCUGGCGGACGGCGCUCACCUUCCAGCAGAUCAAACAGGUGGAGGAGUUUUGCUACCAGCCCAUGGCAGUGCUGGGCUAUGAGCGGGUAAACAGUCCUGAGGAGGUCAAAGACCUCAGCAAGACGUUACUCAGGAAGCCCCGGCUUUGAGAAGGGUUCCCAAGAGAUCUGACACCCUCCGGAGACACCCACAAAGAGGAUGGUGUUGUGUUUAAACAAACACAGCCCAGACCCAAGCUGAGGAAGCCCACAUAUUCUAUUAUAGAUAUAUAAUAUAAAUAACCACACAGGCACUUGCUGUCAACGUUUUGAGUCAGUGAAUUUCAAGGAACAGCCUCAGCUCACGCGCAUGCGUGCACACACACCUCAGAAAAGGCAAGACUUGAAAGUUCUGACCAAUUGCCCUACGUACCCUGUCUCUUCCCCCUCUCUCCUUCCCAUCCUCUUUCCCUCCUCCCUUCCAUAUUGAAGUGGAAUGUUGAUAAAUCGAGUUCCAGUAACCCAAAUCUUGUUUACAAAAUUUUCGUGGUAUCUGUGAAUGUGUAAGAGUCAUUUGGGUGUGGGAUGGGGUGGGUGGAGAAGGGGGAAGUGGCCCCCCAAGCAGGAAGCUCCCACUGGGCUGGUAAACUGAGGAGGCAGUCUUCAAAAGUAGACUUUUGUGUCAGCAAAGGUUAUAUGUGAGUAUUAAUAAAGAAGAUAAUAAAUAAUAUUCUUUUUUUUUAAUAUUUGCCUCCAUUACUCUGGAUUUACCAGUGUUACCUGUCUUUGUAGCUUCAGGUGGACUCUAUUCCCCACCUCUCCCUGCGGUUCCAGCCAUCUACUUGCUAAGCUGGGAGAAGCCUCUGCCUUCAUAAUAACUGGGAAUUGUUUUCUCAUAUGUAGAUCAUUGCCUGCCAGGUGCCCAGGAAUGGAACAAAUCUACAGGCAAAACCAAGCAGGGCAGAGAAGAAAGAGCACACACUACCCUCCUGUUCAGCUUUGAGUACGGAAAGGAAGGAAGGAGCCCUGGAGAGUUGGAGGCAUUCGGUUUUGAUUACUACUGUAUUGAGUUGAGACAGGGUACCUCGAAGCAGAUACUGGUGUUUUUGUUCUGAUGUUGGUUCAGGAAAGAAGGAAAAAAAAAAAAGGAAAAUUUGAAAGCAUAUUUAAAAAAAAAAGUUUUGAUGACUAGAAUACAGUUUUCAAAAUGAAGUGAACACUUUUGGUGGUGGUAGCAUCAACUUCUGUUUGUUCGCGGGAUAAGAGACGUCUGUCUGGAGUGUUUUUGUCUAUGACACAGUAAUCAGAGGCAUAUGAAAGCGAACAAGUUUUAACUGAGGACUGGAGGGGCACCCAUAGGUUUUCUUUCUCCUCUGAUCCAUCCAAAUUAAUAAUAUUAAAGGGCAGGAAUUUGAACUAGUUUACUUGGGACUUGGGGUGUCUGGGGGAUAUGAUGUUCUCUUUAUUUCCUAAAGGCAGAUUUGCGAAACAAAGUACAUAUUGCAGACAAUAUACGGCUUCAGCUAAGAACGUUUAGAUACUAAAAUGAUCACGAGGAAGAUUAGAUGCGGGUUAGUGUGUAAGAUUUUGAAAUUUGCUAUUUUUUUCAGUGAGAAAACCAUUGAACUUCCCAGCAGUGGUAAUGAUUCUCCUAUGUCCUGAACUCAUAUUGUGCUGACCUGUUCUGUAUGUGUCGUGUUACAAUAAGAAAUUAUGAAGCCCAAAUAGGAAAAGCAGACAAUAUAGUUGUAUAUUGUAUAUUAUAUUAAACACGGUACAAGCCUAGUA